AUGAGCAGCAGCGCGCCCCCAGUGCAGCUCUGCUAUGAGAACGUGAGCGGAUCCUGUGUCAAAUCUCCUUACUCGCCUGCGCCCCGCGUGAUGCUAUAUGUGGUGUUUGGCUGUGGCGCUGUGCUGGCCAUGUUUGGAAAUCUCCUGGUGAUGAUUUCAAUCCUGCAUUUCAAGCAGCUGCACUCUCCCACCAAUUUCCUGGUCGCCUCCCUGGCCUGCACUGACUUUCUGGUGGGGGUGACAGUGAUGCCCUUCAGCAUGGUCAGAGCAGUGGAGAGCUGCUGGUACUUUGGGGAGACCUUUUGUACUUUUCACACGUGCUGCGAUACAGCCUUUUGCUACUCUUCUCUCUUCCACUUGUGCUUCAUCUCCAUCGACAGGUUCAUCGCUGUUACUGACCCUCUGGUCUACCCUACCAAGUUCACGGUGUCUGUGUCAGGAUUCUGCAUCAGCAUCUCCUGGAUCCUGCCCAUCGUCUAUAGCGGAGCCGUGUUCUCCACAGGAGCCAAUGAUGAUGGGCUGGAGGAAUUAUCUAGUGCCUUAAACUGCGUGGGUGGUUGUCAGGUAGUUGUAAACCAAAGCUGGGUCUUGAUAGAUUUCCUAUCCUUUUUUAUACCUACUCUUGUUAUGAUAAUUCUCUACAGUCAUAUUUUUGUUGUGGCAAGACAACAGGCUAAAAAGAUUGAGACUACUAGCAGCAAACCAGAGUCAUCAUCAGAGAGUUACAAAGCCAGAGUAGCCAAGAGAGAGAGAAAAGCAGCUAAGACCCUGGGAAUCACAGUGGUCGCAUUUAUGAUUUCAUGGUUACCAUACAGCAUAGACUCAUUAAUUGAUGCCUAUAUGGGCUUCAUAACUCCUGCGUACAUUUAUGAGAUUUGCUGCUGGGCAGCUUAUUAUAACUCAGCCAUGAAUCCUCUGAUUUAUGCUCUCUUUUACCCAUGGUUUAGGAAAGCUAUAAAAGUGAUUGUGAGUGGUCAAGUUUUUAAAGAGGGUUCUGCAACCAUGAAUUUGUUUGUUGAACAUAUGUGA